AUACUUUUUUUAAAAAAUAGCAGCAGAAUUUCCUUAAAUAGAGGAGGGGAAGGAAAAUAAAAUAAUGAUAUAUACUCCAACUCUUUGUUUUCUAUGCAGUCAUUCUGUUGCUGGUCUAGGCUUUACAUAAUAUUCUUAGCACAUAGGCUUGGAAAUGUCCUGUAUGUGUUGUAAAGCUAGUAUAUCCAUGGUGUUACUGUAACUAUUCUUGCUGUGUGUGAUGAGCACAUGUGCUCUCUGAGUGCACUUAAAAAGUGUAACGCGCUAGAUAUAGUAGCGCUAUUUCAUUAUGCAUUCAUGAGAAAUUGUUGGCGACGUUUUAGCCUGCAGUUAAUUUUAAUGCUAGAUUUAGUACUUGAAAAGGACAUAGUAUACGAGAACGCCUGCAGAUCUUUUAUACUGGCUUCUGUGAUGGUUAGUGUUUACUGAGCUGUAGUCAUUGAGGCUUGACUGGGAUUCAUAUGAGGGGAGGUGAUCAGAUGAAUUUAUUGCUUUAAGUAAAUCAAAUCCUGAGAGGUGCUCCAGUGAUUGUAGAAGGGGUUGAUCCUAUUUUAGUUACCCAGUGGGGAAUUCAUUGUACGAACCAGCGUGCCGACAACCUUAUUCCUUGAAGUUCUCUGGUGUCAUGUGAUCUGCUCCUCCUCCAUGGGAACGACAGGAUAUUCUUCUUUUCCUUUCUACUGUGCAGUCAGAAGACGAGAAGGAAGUUGAAGUGAAAUAAUGAAAUGUUUCUACUGGUCAAUAGGCAAAGCUUUUCUCUGUCAUGAAGCCAUCUUGAGAAUAACCUAAGCUUGUCAUCUGCUUGGAUUUUCUCCAUUCACACCCAUAGAGAUUGGAGAUUACUGUACAGAAAAUGACACUUGAUUAAAGAACAGCUGCUUCUUCUCUGAGAUUUAUGGGAACAAAUCUGUCCUAUGAGGAAGAGGCUUCUUCAACAGUCUUAGCUGUGCAAUGGGGACUACAAAUGAUGACAUGGCUUUGGUGGAGCAGAAUGCCUCCUUGAACCCUUUGUGCUUUGAGUGUGGCCAGCAGCACUGGACAAGGGAGAAUCACUUGUACAACUACCAGAAUGAAGUGGAUGACGACUUGGUCUGCCAUAUUUGCCUUCAGCCCUUGUUGCAGCCAUUGGACACUCCCUGUGGACACACUUUCUGCUACAAGUGCCUAAGGAACUUCCUACAGGAGAAGGAUUUCUGCCCGCUGGAUCGAAAAAGACUCCAUUUUAAACUCUGCAAAAAAUCCAGCAUUCUCGUUCAUAAACUGUUAGACAAGUUGUUUGUUUUAUGCCCCUUUUCUUCAGUAUGUCAGGAGGUAAUGCAGCGAUGUGACCUGGCAGCACAUCUCAAAAACAGGUGUCCCGGGGCUUCUCAUCGGAGGGUUGCUCUGGAGAGAAGGAAAACUAGCAAGCUGCAGCCAGAAACUGAGAGCGAGGCUGGUCCCGGUGGGACGGAGCAGCCCAGCCGUUUAUCUCCAGAUGUGGAUCAGGGAACAGUGCCUGCGGAGCAGAGCUUCACGUCGCCUGCCCUUCCUGCGUGGGCAGAUGAGCCCAGCAUUGACAAUCCCACUUUUGAGGAGAACACAGUAGCAGACACAAAUCAACAGCCAGCUACCUUGCCUGAAGGAGAGAUCACUACUAUUGAAAUUCAUCGGUCCAAUCCUUAUAUUGAAUUAGGAAUUAGCAUAGUGGGUGGCAAUGAAACGCCUUUGAUCAACAUUGUUAUUCAAGAGGUUUAUCGAGAUGGGAUCAUUGCCAGAGAUGGAAGACUGCUUGCUGGAGACCAAAUACUUCAAGUCAAUAGCUUUGACAUCAGCAAUGUAUCACACAACCAUGCUCGAGCUGUUCUUUCCCAGCCCUGCACAGUGCUGCAUCUCACUGUACUCAGAGAGAGGCGAUUUGGGAGUCGCACACACAAUCAUGCGGAGAACACCAGCUCCUUGCGGGAGGACAGCUUUCAAGUGACGCUGCACAAGCGUGACUCCAGUGAGCAGCUUGGCAUUAAACUCGUACGCAGGACAGAUGAGCCUGGAGUUUUUAUUCUUGACCUUUUGGAAGGGGGAUUGGCUGCUCAAGAUGGCAGGCUCUGCAGCAAUGACCGAGUACUUGCCAUCAAUGGACACGACUUGAAGCACGGGACACCCGAACUUGCUGCUCAGGUUAUACAGGCUAGUGGGGAGAGAGUGAAUUUAGUCAUCUCUAGACCCGUGAAGUCACAGAUGGUCAGUAUUAUCCGAGACACAGGGACUCAUAACAGCAACCCACACCAGCAUCAGACCCAGCAGCUGUUUCACAGCAGACCCAACUCACACAAGGAUCUCUCCCAGUGUGUUACAUGCCAAGAAAAGCACAUUACUGUGAAAAAAGAGCCCCACGAAUCUCUUGGAAUGACAGUGGCAGGAGGCAGAGGCAGCAAAAGUGGUGAACUGCCCAUCUUCGUUACAAGUGUGCAACCUCAUGGGUGUUUGGCAAGAGAUGGCAGGAUUAAACGAGGUGAUGUGUUGCUGAAUAUCAACGGCAUUGAUUUGACUAACUUAAGUCACAGUGAGGCGGUAGCCAUGCUGAAAGCCAGUGCGGCUUCAUCAGUAGUUGCCCUGAAAGCACUGGAAGUCCAGGUUGUAGAAGAGCAACCCCAAUCUAAUGAAGAACAGUUGAAUACUAUCAGUGAAAAUGAAUAUGAUGCCAGUUGGUCACCAUCCUGGGUCAUGUGGCUGGGACUUCCAAGCUGCCUACAUAGCUGCCACGAUGUAGUGCUGCGGCGGAGCAAUUUAGGAAGCUGGGGUUUCAGCAUUGUCGGUGGCUAUGAGGAGAACCACACAAACCAGCCGUUCUUCAUUAAAACGAUUGUUCUUGGAACACCAGCAUACUUUGAUGGAAGAUUAAAGUGUGGUGAUAUGAUUGUUGCUGUAAAUGGACUGUCAACAGUUGGAAUGAGCCAUUCUGCACUCGUUCCAAUGCUGAAGGAGCAGAGGAACAAAGUAACUUUAACCGUGAUUUGCUGGCCUGGAAGCCUCAUUUAGAUUUGUGAAAUCACUUUGGUUCAAGCAGCUUCUUUUUCUAGAUAGCUGGCACAAAAAUCUCGUUUAUCUUUUUUUUUCUCCUGUUGAUAUACAGCUGGUUAUAAGCAGGGCCAAAACUGCUGCAUUGACUUUUUUCUUUGUUUUCCUUAUUUUCUUAUGAGCCUCUCAGACUCACUGUAUGUAUCUUUCCAUCCUAAAAUAGCCAUUUCUACCAAGUAUGCUAUGUUCAUUGCUGGUACAAAUGCAAAUACACGCAUGCUCACACAUAAAAACUCCCAUUCCUUUACGGCUGUCGUUGAGCUUUCUCAGUCAGAUAAUAUUCUUUGUAGAGCCAGGAGAAGAGCUUAGUGAUGCUUCUGAUUUUUCUGAGCAGUCCAAAAUUACACGUAUUAUAUAAAUAUAAUAGCCAUGUGCCCAUUCCUCACUGAGAAGAGAAUGUGUCAGUGACGCAGUGACGCAUCUAUCUGCUGCUAUGACUCGAAAUCAGUUUCCAAAGGUAGGCCUUUUCAUUUUUUUAAGCCAAUCCAGUUUUGAAUCAGUAUUUUAGACUCAUUCAACAAACCCAUGUUUACUCGUAAGAAAUCAUUUGAUCCCCAUGAUUUUUCUUGCCAAGGCAUCAGUGUUCAUAGAAAAGUAGGACAAAAGCCUGAUAUUACUGGAAUUUUUAUAACAUGCAAUAAUUGGACUCUUUGUUAGGAAACUUUAAUAUAUUACGGAGUUUGUGUCCUAUAGUGAAAAGAAAUGUGGAAGUAAUUACUGUUGCGACGCUGGCAGGAAUACGCGUGCCCGAGGUCACCUUUGAGUGAAUGGCUUGCAGUAUUAGACUUGACUUUACAAAUGAAUGUUUUGCUAUGUCAGACAAUUUUGAUGGACGUUUUUACUAAAAUCAUUUUUACAGUUUAUAUUGUAGUUGUCAACUGUCUUUAUUCAUGUGCGGAAACAAUGCUUUGACUUGUACUUUGUAAAUGAAAGAAUUAUUUACAGAAAAAAAGCAAGGUAUUAAGAAAGCAUGCAUUACGGUUUACAGGUGGGCAGGCUAGGAGAAAGGCUCUUUUCACUUGAGUCCAACUGCAAAGUAAGCUGCAAAGUUCAUUCUUAUUCUGUCUCCUCCUGGCAAAUGUGCAAAUGCCUUGAUAUAAAAUGCUGAAACUGUCUGUUUUGCAUUUCAGGAUUUUUUUUUUCCUUUAGAGAGUACCUGCUAUUAAGCUGUCAGUAAGAAUAAUGCUAUUUAUCUUUGAUUGUAUUUAGUAUUUUUAAAAUAAAACCUGUAACUUUUAGACUUUGCCUUUCCAUGAUAUUUUCAGGCUAAUUACCCAUUUGGUAAAAAAAUAAAUAAAAAAGGGGGGGAGAAGGGGGAAGAUGGCACACGAACUGAUUCGUUGACCUGGAGCAAAAUCUGUGUGUUGUUAGUGUUCAGCAUAUUUGAAAAAGAGCUUCAUUUAUAAACCAGGUUCACAACCUGAACUGAUUUUAUGAAUGACCCUAUAUUGUAUUAUUAAUUACCAGAUAAUGUAUUUAAGAAUCACAACGUAUUUCAAUUGUGAAGCAUGAACUUUAUUUUCAAACUUAGCAGUUAUAAUAUUGGGGCAUAUUAUCGCAUGUCAUUAAUUCCAGUAGGGGUUUUUUUGUAAAAGAAAUAAAGUUAUUCUUUUUCAAAAAAGUAUGCAAAUCUCAUAUGAACGAAGUGGUUUUAUUUCUCUCUGUAAUGUAUGAUAUCAAUUUAAUUUCAUAAUAUUAAAAUACAAAAGAAUGUCCUGUACAGUAUAUUACUGUAUUGAAAAUCUUUGUUUUUGAAGCAAACGCCAAAAUUAUUUGAUACAUUAAUUGAUUUGAGUCGUUUCCUUCCAUCUAAAAAUGCCGUUUAACUGUAUUCUUUGCUUUUAAUGCGAAUUUUUUGUAAAGUACGUCUUAGUAUAGUCUUUAGGGAAGAUUUUGACAUAUGUAUUGGACUUAACAUUUUUUAUUUUAAAAGUAACAUUUAAUUCAAAACCCUACAAAAAUCAGAUUUUUCUAAUUUUUCUUUUAUAUGUAUGUGUAUGUAACGAAAGCAUGGGUUAGCUUGAACUGUGCUAUUUUGUUUCGGUGUGCUGUGGCUUUUGGUCAGAAUGUCCAGAGAUAAAAGCUUGUUCUGAAUGAA